CGCUGGGGGCGGGGUGGGAGGACUGGAAACCGAUCUGGAGCGUUGGGUAGGUGUGCGCCUGGGGAAAUCGGACCAACCAGGCCCUGAGAGGGCUGGCUUUCCAUGGGUAGCCUGCCAGGGGAGCUAUGCACUCCGGGGCUUCUGCGCUUCUAGUGGAGUCUGUCUCAGGGAAGUCUGAGGCGCUCGCCAGGGCUGGCGUUACUCCCCCAACUCCAGAGUCCGGGAAAACCAAGCAGGGAUACAGAACAGAUCAUGAGGUCAGUGUGGGCCUCCCUCCCCCAACACCGCUGGCUGCUUCUGGCGAUGCUCUUUCUUGAGGUUGUGGGCGAUGACAUACUAUUUGACCCCAACUGGGGGUUUGACUCGUAUGAAAUCACCGUUCCCAGAGAGCUAAGCUUUAGGAAAGGGGAGCAGGGUGUGGACAGUUCUUUGUCGUACCUCUUACAGAUACAAGGCAAGAAGCACGUCAUUCACCUGUGGCCCAAGAAGUUACUGUUGCCCAGACAUUUGCCCGUUUUCUCCUUCACUCAAGAGGGCAGUUUGGUAGAGGAUUACCCACACGUACCAAACGAGUGCAAUUACGUGGGCUCCGUGGAAGGCUCUCAGCAAUCUGGAGCUACUCUGAGUACAUGCAUGGGGGGUCUGCGAGGCAUCUUGAACAUAGACUCCAGUUAUUACCAAAUCGAGCCCCUCCGGGCCUCUUCCAGUUUUGAACACGUUGUGUAUCUCCUAAAUAAGGACGAAUUUAGCAGUCAGAGCUGUGGUGUGGUUGAUGAAGAAACCAAGGAGGAAACCGCCCAGCAAGAAGAAAUGGCUAGAAUAGAUACCUUUCAUCAAUCCUACCAUCACCAAAAGUUCUUGGAACUGGUCAUGGUCUUUAAUUGGGAGAGAUUUGUGUUUUUACAAAAGAAUUUUUCUAGAGUCGUUGAUGAUGCUAUUCUUCUAGCUUCAAUUGUGGAUACCUACUUUCAGGAUGUCGGGUUGAGGAUCCAGCUAAAAGCACUUGAAGUUUGGUCGAAUAAUGACAAAAUUUUUACUCACUUUCCCACUUUGGCUGAAGUGUUAGGUCAGUUCGUACUGUACAAAAGAGUGGCAUUGCAUUUCCGGCUUCCCUCGGACUGGGCACAUCUGUAUCUGGGGAUACGUUAUUCAGAUGCUGUUGCAUGGUCCUGGGGAAGAGCAUGUGAAGAGUACCAUGCUGGAUCGGCAAGCAGCUUACUUGAUGUAAAUAUCCUAGGACCUGCUACUUGGACUGCUCAUGAAGUGGGCCACUGUGUGGGAAUGAGACAUGAUGAGGAGUACUGUCAAUGCAGAGGACGAGGCUAUGUGGUUAAGAGAUGUGGGAACAAAAUUGUUGAAGACCAAGAGGAGUGUGACUGCGGUUCUGCAGAAGACUGCAAAGAAGACCUGUGCUGUGGGCCAGACUGUAAAUGGAAAGAAGGCGUCAACUGCUCCACUGGGCUUUGUUGUCAUAAGUGUGGCUUUCUUCCAGCAGGCCAUGUGUGCAGGCGGGAGGAGAAUGAAUGUGACCUUGCCGAGUACUGUGACGGGUUCUCGGCCGUCUGUCCAGAUGACGUUUACAAGCAGGAUGGGACUCCUUGCAAACACGAAGGACUUUGUUUCAAUAAGGGAUGCAGGUCCAGGUACAUGCAGUGCCAGGGCAUCUUUGGAACGACUGCCAAGGAGGCUCCUCACCAAUGUUAUGAUGCAGUUAAUAUGAUAGGCGAUCAGUAUGGUAACUGUGGCAUCUUAAAUGCUACUCGAUAUCAAAGGUGUAAUAGGGACAACGCAAUCUGUGGCAGGCUACAGUGUAUGAACGUUAAAGCCAUCUCCAAUUUGCCAGAUCACACUACUAUACUGUCCACCUAUCUGAAGACAGAUAAUCUCCUAUGCUGGGGCACAGGCUAUCAUGGAGCCAUGAUACCCCAUGGGAUACCUGAUAUAGGUGAUGUUAAUGAUGGCACCUCCUGUGGUCAUGACCAGGUGUGUAUUAACAGAACUUGCGUUGAUGUUGUCAACCUGAAGUUUGACUGUUUGCCCUACAAGUGCAAUAGCCGAGGUGUUUGCAACAAUAGAAGGAACUGCCACUGCAUGUAUGGCUGGGAACCCCCGUUCUGUGAAGAGGUAGGAUUUGGUGGGAGCGUUGACAGUGGACCUCCUGGACCUAUGGCAGAGGAAGUGCUCCCAUCAUUUCGAGUUAAGUAUAUUAUGUUGAUACGUGUUUUUUUAUUCGUCAUCUCAGUGAUCUUUGUGGUUUUUAAGCAGCUGGUUAAAAAUUUGUUUUAUAAAAACCAGCAAAAAGAACCAGAGCAGACUCAAUCUGAAACAGAUGAUGACAUGUCAGAAAUGUGAUCAGGCAGCCCUGUCAUCUAACACAUUUGGCUAUUUAACAAGCUUAUCAUUUAUUCACAUGACUCUUCAUUCUUUUUUCCCAGAAUGAUUUCACACAAAUUUACCAUGCCUUUAAAAUCAGCAAAAAUAAAUGAUAUUCUUGUUUGGAAACAAAUCAGUGCAUUUUUUUCCCCCUAGGAUUCAUUUUCAAUUCAGUUUGGGAUCAAGCGUUGGAUUACCUGAAAAAGACUAUUAAUGGCCUAUCUGAAUGCAGUCAGGGAACGACUCAUGUUCAGAGUAUAGUCCUGUCUUAACAUCCUGGUGAAGGAGGCUGACUUCUCCCCUGUGUGUUUCAGCUUCUUCAGGGCUAGCAUCUACAACCUGUGCACAUGCACCUGCUGCAUGCACCUGUGCACCCGCUGCAUGCACCUGUGUACCCGCUGCAUGCACCUGUGCACCUGCUGCAGGAUACUUGGUGAUAUCGCAUUUUAUAAAUGAAAAAAAACAACCCAUGUGUUACAAGGGUUGAUCCCUUCAGCAAGACUUUCUGUCAUAUCUCUUCUGGUGGAUACAGCUUUGUCUGUUGCUGUGUGGUUUCUGACUUGGUGUUUGAGGUGAUCUCCAAUGGGACAGCUAUCCUAAAUUGUCAUGGCAUCUGCAUUUCUGUACAGCCUAUAGAAGAUGAUAGUCCUUAGCAGUGUUGGGAGCACGGCUAUUAACAAAAUUUAAUGUUUGCUGCGUUUUUUGGUAGUUUUUGUUUGUUGGUUAACUUGAGCCUCAAUUGAGAAACUGCCUCCAUCAGAUUGGCCUGUAGGCAAGUCUGUGGAGCAUUUUCUUGAUUCAUAGUUGUUGUGGGAGGACCCAGCCCACUGUGGGUGGUGCCACCCUUGGGCAGGUGGUCCUGGGUGGCACGAAAAAGCAGACUGAGCAAGUCAUGAGGAGGAAGCCAGUAAGCAGCACCCUCCGCGGCCUCUGUUUCAGCUCCUGCCUCCAGGUUCCUGCCUUGUUUGAGUUCCUGCCCUGACUUUCCUUCAUGAUGGACUGUAAAGUGUAAGCCGAAAUAAACCCUUUCCUUCCCAA